GAGAGAACAGUCCCACACACUUUCCCCACAAAUCUCUCUUACGCACACUUCUCAUUGACUCUUCUUGUCUCUUUUCACUGUGCAAACACCAAGCACAAGAAAACUUGACAAAAUUCCAAGGAAUGUCAAUUUCCUUCUGAGAACUCUCUCUCUUAUUCUCUCAUCUUAUAACCAAAAACACAGUUUUGCAGUACUUGAUUCAGUCAGUGACACACAAAGAGAGAGAGAGAAUAAUGGGUGGGAUGACUUCAUCAAUGGCUGCAAAAUUUGCUUUCUUUCCUCCAAACCCACCUUCCUACAAGCUAAUUACAGAUAAUGCCACUGGCCUUUUGGUCUUGGACUCAUUCCCUCGCCGUGCAAACAUCGAGGUUCUGAGGCUUCCAACGCGUCGUGGCACUGAGAUCGUUGCCGUUUAUAUUCGGCACCCCAUGGCCACCUCUACCCUCCUUUACUCUCAUGGAAAUGCAGCUGAUAUUGGCCAAAUGUACGAGCUUUUCGUCGAACUCAGCGUCCAUUUGCGUGUCAAUCUCUUUGGGUAUGACUACUCUGGCUACGGGCAGUCAUCAGGAAAGCCAAGUGAGCAAAAUACUUACGCAGACAUUGAGGCAGCAUACAAGUGUCUAGAAGAGAACUAUGGUACUAAGCAGGGAGAUAUAAUUCUGUAUGGCCAAUCUGUUGGAAGUGGCCCUACUUUGGAUCUUGCUGCCCGUUUACCUAAACUAAGAGCUGUUGUUCUUCAUAGCCCUAUUCUAUCAGGCUUAAGAGUCAUGUAUCCUGUGAAGCGCACAUACUGGUUUGACAUCUAUAAGAAUAUUGACAAAAUUCCUUUGGUAAAGUGUCCUGUACUGGUAAUUCACGGAACUGCUGAUGAAGUUGUCGACUGUUCUCAUGGCAAGCAGCUUUGGCAAAUGUGUCAGGAGAAGUAUGAACCUUUGUGGCUCAAAGGAGGAAACCACUGUGAUUUGGAACUUUAUCCAGAAUAUCUUAGGCAUCUAAAGAAGUUCAUAUUUUCAGUGGAAAAGUCACCUUCACGAAGGAAUGGUUCAAGGAGCAGCACAGACCGAUCGGAGAAGUCCAGACGGAGUACUGAUUUUUUUGAGGCUCCUAGGAAGAGUUCUGACUGGAGAGAAACACCUAGGAAGAGCAUAGAUAAGUCUGAAAAACUGAAAAUUCAUGACUACAAGUUUCAUAACAUUGACAAGUUAGAUAAGUUAGGAAUCUCAUAUGACCAAAUGGAAAGGUCACGGAGAAGUGUGGAAUACCAUGAGAAAUCUAGGAGAAGCAUUGAUCAACAGCUACAAAAGGCACGAAAGAGUGUUGACUGGUUGGAUAGGAUUCGAGCUGGGUAGACCUAUUCUUUGUAAAAUUUGUGCACUGCAUUUGUUCUUGGGGAAGGGGACCAAAAAAAGCAACAAAGGAAAGAUGAGGAAAUUAUUUUGUGUUUCAUUUAUGGUUUCAGGAUUUUUCUUUUGAAUUUCCAUUGGUUGUGUUAUGGAUUGUAGGGUGAGAAAUGUUGGGAUCGUUAUCCUUGAUUGUCAAUGAAAGAACUCUAACCUCUUUAUUUUUUAUCAUUGAAAGAAAAUGAGGCUUGAGGUUUAUUUA